AUGGAUUGGAGGUUGAUCGUCUGCGGGUUGCUCCUGCACCUGGUCCUCUUCUACUCCAUCUUCGACAUCUACUUCACAUCUCCACUUGUUCACGGGGUGCCAUCCCACACCAACCCGCUACCUCCCCCUGCAAAACGAUUGGUCCUCUUCGUGUCUGAUGGAUUGAGGGCUGACAAGUUAUUUCAAGUUGAUCAGCAGAGUGGAAGCAGUCACACGCCAUUCUUGAGGAGCCUAGCCGAGGUUAGAGGUGUAUGGGGCGUGUCACACACUCGAGUUCCAACUGAAUCAAGACCUGGCCAUGUGGCACUCAUAGCUGGAUUCUAUGAAGAUGUCAGCGCCAUCACCAAAGGCUGGAAAGAGAACCCUGUAGAGUUUGAUUCACUGUUCAACCAGUCAUCGACCACGUGGUCCUGGGGCAGUCCUGACAUCCUGCCCAUGUUCAAACAUGGUCGGGCAACGGGAGAUCAUGUGCAUGCAUUCAUGUACCCAGACCACAGUGAAGAUUUCGCAGCAGGCGACCAUGCACAGCUUGAUACGUGGGUCUUCAGAAAUGUUCAGGAUUUUUUCUCCCAAUCCAACGAGAGCGACACAAGCAAGGAUCUCCACAAGUCGAAAAUUGUUUUCUUUCUGCACCUGCUGGGUCUCGAUACUACAGGACACGUACACAAGCCACACUCCAAGAAUUACGUGAAGAAUAUGAAAGUUGUUGACGAUGGUGUCGAGAAGAUUGUGAGUAUGGUUGAGGAGUUUUACCGGCACGAUGGGAGGACUGCAUACAUCUUCACUUCCGAUCAUGGCAUGACUAGUUGGGGUUCGCACGGAGCGGGGGAUUUGACGGAGACGAUGACUCCGUUCCUGGCCUGGGGUGCUGGCAUCAGAGGUCCUCUCCUGAAGAAAUUGCGUGAUGAUGAUGAUGGUGGGGAUGAUUGGAAACUGAAUGACGUUGUGAGAACUGAUGUUAAUCAGGCAGACAUCUCUGCCCUGAUGUCGACGUUGAUCGGAGUUCCUAUCGCGAAACAAUCUGUGGGAACGGUGCCAACCUCCGUCCUGAACACCUCCAUGCAGUUCAAGGCACACAGCCUCCUCACCAACCUCCGGCAGGUCCACGAACAGUACAAGGUUAAGGAGGAAGAGAAACGAACAACCGUCUUUUCCGCGCUCUUCACUCCUUUCUCGAAACGUGAUGAAAUCAUAAGUGAGAUGAAGAACGUUGAGAAUCUUCUGGAGGGCGCCCUCUACGAAGAUGUGAUUCGCAAAUGUCCACCCCUCAUUGAAACGAUUCUCGAGGGCUUCCAGUAUUAUCAUCAGUAUGAUCGAUUCAUUCUUGGAUGCUGCGUGACACUGAGUUACGUUGGUUGGAUGCUCCUCAUCACGACCACACUCAUCAUCCAUCACACUGGCAUCAACAGUCAACAUCAGCAUCAUCAACAACAUCAUUGCAGCGAAGGUCAAGGAUUUUUUCUAAAUUCUUGCACGUCAUCGUCGACUUCAAGGUAUAUAAGAAGCAUGUUUAAGCUCUCUGCCGUUGGAGUCAUCAUCUUUUUAUUUGGUCAACACAAACCACUGAUGCACUACAUUUAUUUUCUACUUCCUCUGUGUCUAUGGUUCCUUGUCAUCGAUCGGUUGCUCUUGUUGUGGGGGUGGUUGUUGUUGUUGUUAAUUUUUGUUGUUUGUUGUCGUUAUUUGUUGUUCCGCGUUGUUGAUGUGUUCAUUAUUGUCUUCUCCUUCAUACACAGGCAGUUGUUGUCGGUCGGUCUGCUCUGCAUGGCGUUGUGGCCCUGGUUUCAACGGUCACCGACACCUUCGCUAGCGACGCAGGCAGGCUGGACAGCAUCGUGCAUCUUGAUGUCCAUCUUCCCACUCCUGCCCACCGUCAGCAAGGACUCCAACUACCCUGCUGUGUUCGUCCACUUCAUCUCACUUAACACCACCACCACCACCACACCACCACCACCACCACCACCAAGUGCCAUGCAUCGUUUCAUUAAAUGCAUUUUGGUGUUGGUUGUGCUAUCCGGCCUCAUAGUCUGGUGGUUUGUUGGGGUGAGGAACAACGAUGCUGGCUUCAAAUCAUCGUCCCUCGCCAGCUUUCUGCAUUUCAUCAGCUGGCUGAUACUGGCAUCUUCCUUCAUUCUGCCUCUUCAUUCCUCCACCAGGAUUGUCGAUCGCAUCGCUUCCAUCUCUCUAUCAUUCUUCUCAACGUACAUCCUUCUCUCCAUCGCGCACGAGAGCCUCUUCUACCUCUGCCUCUGCCUCCUCAUGCACUUCUGGGUCUCCAUGGAAACCAACAUGGACGCCCCAUUGGUCAGUUCACGACAAGACUUCCGAAAGUUCGACUUGAUACAACGCAACUUGAAGGCGUCUGACGUCCGAUGCUCCUUCUUUUUCUUGUUCUUCUUGCUGACCUCCUUCUUCGGCACAGGCAACAUCGCCAGCAUCAACAGCUUCGACCCGACCUCGGUCCUCUGCUUCGUUUCAGUCUUCAGUCCGUUCGUCAUGGGCGGACUCAUGCUCUUCAAGAUCAUCAUCCUCUUCCUCGUCGUCACCUGCUGCUUCCACGCCAUCCAGGUCUGCACCAACGUGCCAACCAACUCCUUCUUCUACAUCGUAUUCAUCAUUUCUGACUACAUGGCGCUGCACUUCUUCUUCAUGGUUCGUGACACGGGCAGUUGGUUGGACAUUGGCACCAGCAUCAGCCACUACGUCAUCGUCAUGAGUCUCAUCAUCUUUCUCUUCGUCAUCAUCACUCUCUCUCGCUUCCUCACCGAGAAGAUGAUGGUGACGGGGAAGUUCGUGAUGAAAUCGUCAUUCAAGGAAAAAUGA